AUGUCCAUCGAAGAACAACUCGAGAGUCUGAACAAGGCAAGGGAACUGGUUCGAGAUGACCCCAAUAACUACAUUCAGAUUAUCCCGGGUAUUGUCUCGGUAGCCCAACGACCAGAGACCCAAUUUCGUCAAUGGUGCGCCAAUUUUUUCUUGGAAUGUUUUACCUGUAAUGAUUUGGAUAACGAAACAAAACAGCAGCUGGCAUUGAAUUGUUUGGACCCUUUGGGUCUGUUGAUUCAGGAAACAAGUGAACCCGGCGACUGGGCCACGGUCAAAACUGCGAUAAGUUGCUGUUCGUGUAUUUAUCCAUUAAUAUUUUCGUAUGUUUGUGCCAAUUCAGGAGAAGCCACUGUAUGGGCCAAGAUAUCCGAUCUGAAAACCAAGAUUCUUGAUAAAUGGGAAUUAGAUGCCGAGUCGGUAGCAUCGAAAAAAGUUCGAUUUGGUAUUCAGGCGGCUUGUACCAAGUUUGCUCAACAGGUAAUUUCCGUGCAAUCGUAUUGCUCGCGAGAUCCCAGAAUGAAUAGGUCUCAAGAUACGAAUAGUGAAGACGUUUCUUUGGCUCUUGUGCCGCCUGGUCACCCUUUAAUUGAACCUUCAACUAUAGAGGCACAGGGUCUGGGUCUAUUAGAUCGCAUGCUGUCUGUGUUUACCGAAUCACACGUUUACGCACCCACCAUCACCUGUACAUUAAAUGCAUUAUUCCCACUGUUAACGAGUCGACCAUCAUCAGUGCCCAAAAUCCUACGUAGUAUUCUAAGUUUCGAUACAACCGCCAAGACUGUCGUUCCUCAAACCCCCAAUUCAGCAUAUACGGAUCUUGAAAUCAAAUUCAUCGAGCGGUCUUUAAAGCUAAUGCUUACUCAUUGUAUUCGUAAAGAACUGGCACCCAAGUUCACUGCCCAAAUCCAUCGUUAUAUAUCCAAUAUUUCUGAGGCCCGAGCCUCACAAAACCUGAAGAAAAGACUCGGCGAGUCUGCCGACCAAACUGCUGGCGAUAAAAGACCGAAACUUGAAGAAACUGGUGCACCUGCUGCCGCAGCUGCUAAACCCGACAUGCCAGUCAACAGCUCAACAACGGUCCCUGCCGGUCCAUUAUCAUUUUCCUCUUUAUUUAAUCUUAUUAGUUCUAAUGACUUACUAGCAUCAUUUGACGCAAAGGAGUUACCCAAGGACAUUGCUAUCAAUAUUGCUCUCACAAGUAUUGCGCUUGCGAGUCAAACACUACUGGAUAAUUCUAUUGAUAUCAUUCGGAAAAGAUAUCAAAAUCUUUUGGAGACGAGCCAAAGCUCUACCGUAUCGAAGGGAGGAGCAUCAUUGGAUGCUUCAUACGAUGACGACGAAGACGAUUUAGAUGCCAUGGUAGCUGCCCAGUCUGCUCAAGUAGAGGCUGGAGCUGAUUAUGGCGAGGAGGAUGACGAAGAUAAAGAGGCCUCUUUAUUACCAGCAUCGUCGUUUUCGCUUGCCUUGCCAUCUAAACUCUCAACAGAUCAGCGUAAGGUUGAGUUGGGCAGAGUUGUAGAUAGGCUGAUCUCAUAUAGUAGCAUGUCAACCACGAUUUUAUCGUCUGGAGCCGCUAAAGCUAACAAGGGAUUAAACAGAGUUGCUGUGACGGACUGGAAUAAAGAUACUUGGAUUAUCAUUGCUUCGCGGCUUGCCACUAGAGGCGCUUGCAACUCUGGAUCUGUGGAAGCCAAAACUGUAAUUAGAAAACAUAUAUUCAAUUAUGUUGUGGCAAACUUUAGAGAGCGUUUAGAAAUUAUUAUUUCUUGGCUAACCGAGGAGUGGUUUAAUGAGUUUGGUAGUGGGCUUGCUAGUGACAACGACAAGCCAGAGGCGGAUGAAUCAAACUCUGUUUACUAUUUAUGGGCUUCACAGGUGUUUGACCAUAUAAUGCCGCUAAUUGAAGCUGAUGAUACAAAGGGUUUUAUUCGACUUUUAUCAGAUUUACCACAACUCAACAGAUCGCUCAUAAAUAAAAUGCGCAGUCUUUGUGUGGAUCCACUUAGAGCAAAGAUUGGUUUCAUGGCAAUUCGAUAUUUGAUCAAGCUGAAACCACCUGUAAAAGAAUUUUGCCUAGAUCUGCUUGAGGAUUUGUAUAAAAGUGAUGAGGAUAGUCGAAAGGUGGGUGGAGCCAUACUUAAGACAUACAGACCGAAGUUCAUAGAAGAGCAAGACGCUGUCAAAGUUGAAUAA